AUGGCGAUCCACGUCUUCGACAAAUUCUACCUGGGCCUCACGGCCGUCAUCACCGUAGGCUACCAACUGGUGUUUUUCGCCGUUGCCUUUUGCUUGCACUCUGAUAAACUGACGGAUUUUGCGGGCGGCAGCAACUUUGUGGUUCUCGCCGUCGUCACGCUCGUCCUCGGCAGCCGGGAUCCCCCGUACGAUACCGUGGCAGCCGUCCCGCAAACGCGGCAGCUCGUCAUUACCAUUCUGAUGUCCGUCUGGGCCGCCCGCCUGAGCAGCUUUUUGCUCGUCCGCAUCCUGCGCACCGGCCACGACAGCCGCUUUGACAACUUGCGCGACCGCUUUUUCCCCCUUUUGCAGUUCUGGGUCGGCCAGAUGGUUUGGGUCUGGACAGCAUCGCUGCCUGUGACCGUGCUCAACUCGCAGACCGUGCAAGGCGCCGAGCAGGUGGGAAAGAUGCCGCCUUUCGGCACGGCGCGCGACAUUGCCGGGACGAUCAUGUUCGGCAUUGGCUUUUUGUGCGAGUCGGUGGCCGACGCCCAGCGGUUUCGGUUCAGGGAGAGAAAAUCGGCCGACAACAGCAACAGCGGGCUUGCGUUCUGCCACACGGGUCUCUUUGCGUGGUCGCGCCAUCCGAAUUAUUUCGGCGAGAUCUUGCUGCAAUUUGGCCUCUUUACCAUCGCCACGUCCGACACCCACUUUCGCGCCCCCUACGGUACGCAUCCCGGCUUUACGUCGGCCAUCUAUGCCACCGUUGUCGGCCCGGUCUUGCUCACGCUGGUGCUGUUGUUCGUAACGGGUCUGCCGUUGUCGGAGCGGUCGGGCGCCGCCAAGCGAUACGCAGCCGGGGGCGCCAUCUGGGACGAGUACCGCCUGUACCUGCACCGCACCAGCAUCCUCAUCCCGAUGCCGCCGGCUCUGUAUGCGCGACUGCCCGUCGUUGUCAAACGCACCCUGCUGCUUGAGUUUCCCAUGUACGUCUUCGUCCCAGGACGGAACGACUCUCGCACCAAAGACCCACAGCCUGCUACCGGUCCUCCCCAGGCCAUCAACCGGGAGGCCGAGCACGGCGACGAUCCCGAUGCGGUUCCCAAUGACCAUCAUAUGCCUCAGUCAGCAUCCACCCUGUCGUCGGCGGCCAAGUAA